AUGCUUCCAGGCCCAUCAACAUCGGGUGUCGAACCGUCUUGGAAGAGAAUCAGCCUUUCGCUUGAGAGGCCGUACAAGGAUGACCAUGGGGAGAGUCUACCUAUUUUGUUUGACAUCACACCUGAAGGUGAAAGAAUCUAUGAACCCAAAGAAACAUCGUCUGCGAGGUUAAAAGAUCACCUACAUAGAAUCUUUGUUGAGCGUGGACUCGACUUUUUUGAGCUCACCAAUGCCCAGGUCGCCGACAAAGAACCCAAAGGCACGGCAAAUUUGGAGAAUGGUCCGUUGGAAAGGAAGGAGUAUUCUCUCCAACCCAUGAAUACCGAGGAACUUUACGCAAUGAGGAUGGAGAUAUUACCGCAGUUAUUCGUUGCGUUAGGAGAGAUGUCGCAUGCGAAGGAACUCUUAAACUCACUUUUAACCUCAUCGUCGGGUGCACAGUCUCCCUCUCAAACCUCCGCGCAUCUCUCUGCCACACUAGUAAAGAAGCCCCCUCCAAUAAUCUCAGUCGAAGCAUUCAAUGCACAACUAACCGUCGGCGGCAAAGAUGAAGCGUUGAGAAAAGCUUCUUUCCUUUUCAAAUCAGAAGCAGAUGUCAUGGAGCGCAGUCGGGCGAUGGGCGAAAGAUAUUGGGUAGAUGCUCUCAGGAUUAGGAGAGCAAAUUGGGGUCUUAUACCUGCUCCGCUUCCGCUUGGCUCUGCUACUGGAAAGGGCGCGGACAGAACAUCAAAGGAUUUUCUGAUCUCUUACGGUUUAGAAGGAUCAUCACCCAUCUUUAAACGCAAAGCGAUUGCAUCUAUAGCCCACCAUGAUGCGUCUAACGAAGUUAUAUAUCCACAUCGCCAGCACACUCGAUUACGCAUAUCGGUUCUGAGCACCUCCCAGCCUGGUACGCCACGCCAGGUUCGUUCUGCGACGUUGAUGGACGAAAACACGCUUGAUGGUUCUCUCAGAAUCGCACAACAAGAAAUCGUGGAACAAGAAAUAUUCACUCUGCUCUCCAGAGAGGCCGGAAAUCUCCCCACCGCGUCUGCCCGUGUCUCAGAACGGCUGAUUGCAAUCGAUGUCGCUCAAAGCGCGGAGCUCAGAUUUGAACUCGUAGAGACCGCCAUUGGGUCUCAGGACAUAGCUGACACAACCUGUGACCUCAUCUACCAUGGUUUGCAUAUACUUCUUUUACGGCGGCACGCCUACGCCAAGCUAGAGAGGGUAGGUGCUACUGGUGUUAUCCGCAACCUGAAUUCACCUAGCUCACCCCCUCCGAUCCUUCAACCAAUCAUCGAUUUCCUCCAAUACACGGCUUUUUGCGAACGAUUAGAGAAUGAGAUAUCUAAAUCAGUCCGGGCCUUAACAGCGAUGGGUGUGUCCGCUGUUUUUGUCUUUCGUCCUGUCGGAGAAACAGGCCCAGAGCUCCUGGAAUUGUUAUGCGAGCGAGGUCGUGAGCCAACCAGUGGUGAAGCUUUGAUAAGAAUCAAUAGUAGGCAUACCGUGCGCUUGACCUUCACAGCUCCGUCAUCUUUAACUGCGCAUCUAUCUCAAACCACAAUCAUACUUUCUUCCAUACCUCAACUUUCACAAAUGCUCAUGGACGAAAUCGAACGGAGUCUCCUUCAAUGCAUUUGUGAUCUUGGACGGGAAAAAUAUGGGGGAACUUGGUUCAUCGAUAUGAACCGGUGCGUUGCACGCUGGGAGGGCUGCAUUCUGUCAGUAACAAGAAUUGCAUUCUUUCAUCGGCUCACCCAGGGUUUGCAGAAACUUCCGCAUCUUGCACGGCGUUGA